CUUAGUUUAGCUUUUCGCUUUGCCGGCAGCAAACACAUUCUGUAAAUAAAUAAGUUUUAGCAGUCACAAAUAGAUUCACCUAUAUAUUAUUGUGCAUAAUUCUGUGAUAUAGAAAACAAUUUUAAUUUGUUUGUUUUUGUGUUCAUAUUUUUUUAAGUUUCGUUUUACAUUUGCUACGAGUAUUAUUACAAAUAAUUAAUAAUAAUGAUAUCAAAGUUUACACUUGGCCAGAAGGCGACAAAAUGCGCAUUGGAUCAGCUGCUAGUGCGUCAGCUGUCAAAUAGUUUGCCACGCGCCCAGCAUGUGGCCCUUGAGCACUUCGAACAAAAAGUAGAAACACGUGACGAUCCCGAAUGGGUGAAUGCAAAAGAUUACAAAGAAAUUCCCGGACCUAGCACAUUUCGCAUGUUGAGAGAUCAAUUACCAGGAGGACGCCUACAUAAGACGAACAUGCAAGUAUUGGAAACAUAUUAUCGUGAACGCUAUGGUGAUAUUUUCCGUGUAAAUGGAAUUUUGGGUAAGCCCGACACUGUGUUCACCUUCAAUCCAGCAGAUUUUGAAACAGUUUAUCGCAAUGAAACCGUUUGGCCAGUACGAUUGGGUUUAGAGAGUUUCGCACAUUACCGGCUCAAGAAACGAUCGGAUGUUUUUCAAGGCGUUUCGGGUUUGGUUACGUCACAAGGUAAAGCUUGGGGUGAUAUACGCAAUAAAGUUAAUCCCGUUAUGAUGAAGGUACAGAAUAUUAGACAGAACUUGCCAGCUGUUGAUAUUAUUGCACAAGAGUUUUUGGAAAGACUGGACUCAAAAUUGGACCACAGCAGUGGCAGAUUGUCCACCGAUUUCACCGAAGAAAUUAAAAUGUGGGCUUUCGAAUCUGUUGCGGUUAUAGCGCUUAACACACGCUUGGGGCUCUUGACGCGCGACAAACCAGAUGCUAAUGUAAUGAAAAUUGUCGACGGCAUGAAUGUGUUUUUCGAAAAGGCCUAUACAUACGAUGUGUCACCAUCAUUUUGGAAGUACUUCGAAACAGCAGGCUUUAAAGAACUCAUAAAAGCUUAUGAUAACGUAACGGAGGGUACUAAAUUUUACAUUGAACAGGCAAUGGAGAAGUUCAAGAAUGAACAAAAUGCGGAAGCGCAAAGUGUGUUGGAGAAACUCUAUCGCAUAAAUAAGAAUGUGGCUGUGGUGAUGGCCAUAGACAUGUUGAUGGCUGGACUAGAUACGACCUCUGCCACAGUUAUUUCGGUACUACACUUCCUUGGCCAGAACCCCGAAAAACAAGAAGAACUACGGAAAGAGCUCUUUAAGCUGCUGCCUGAUCCAAAUAUGCCACUAACUGAGGAGAAUACCAAAAAUAUGCCUUAUUUGCGCGCUUGCAUUAAGGAAUCACUGCGUCUUAAACCAAUUGCCAACGGUAAUUUCCGUCUCUCCGGUCGCGAUAUUGUGCUCUCCGGUUAUAAGGUGCCCCAAGGUGUCGGCGUUUAUAUGGCAACUAUGGCACUUUGCAACAAUGAUACGUACUUCGAAAGAAGUAACGAAUUCUUGCCCGAACGUUGGGUUAAAGCAGCAAAGGCCACCUGUCCAGUCUCACAAAAGCACAAUCCAUUCGUUUAUCUGCCAUUUGGCUUCGGUCCACGCACCUGUAUUGGCAAGCGUCUUGCUGAGUUGGAGAUGGAAACGCUCUUAGUGAGGUUGAUACGCAAUUAUCAUGUGACUUGGGAGGGUGAGAAGCCACUGGAAUAUGUUAAUGACUUAAUUUUGCGUCCCACUGGUGCUAUGAAGUUCAAGUUUGAAAAGUUGUGAGCUUAAUGUUAGAGAGAAUAUAUGUCUAUGUAUAUGUGUAUAUAUGUUGUAGUAGUUGAAAGUUACAACUUGAAAUUAUAUGGUAUUGUUGGUGUUUAAUAUGUUAUUAGCUUCACAAAUAUAAUAAAACUGUAAAUAAUAUUAAUAUUUAAAAAAAAGUAAGCUAUUAAUAUUCUAAGUAAGGGUUUGAGUGUCUAGAAGUGACAAAUGUAAAAGGUUAUAUUUUGAUCAACAAUAUCCAAAUUUUUUCAUGGAUUUUUCUCAGUUAGGUAAGUAUAGAGACCGUA